AUGAGAGGCCUAGCAUUGAUCUCACUGGGAGAGGCGAUUGACACAGCAAAGCCCGGGGACGAGCCCUCCUGCAAGGUAUACAUAGAGGGCUAUCUCACCGUCGCCGCAUCGGCAUAUUGCUUCCACUCGGUUUCUCCCGGCGACUGUAAAGACUGUCUCCAUAAGACUCGCACCCGGCUCGAUGAAAUUCUUCCUAAUGUGACCACCUCCACCGCCGCCAACACCUCCUCCCUCUCCAAAUCCUCCACUUCCAAAUGCCCUCAGAAACCCAAUCUCUUCUUUCCCCCAACUUCAAAAACCCUCCCUAAACCCUUUACCGCCGCCGCCCGGGGCCUCUGCCGUAUCUCCUCGGCUUCUCCCCGGAGCGGAGAUUUCCCCCUUUUAGACGACGAAUGUUGCUACUACGACGAACUCGACGACAAGCCCUAUUCUCAAGUCUGCGACAUCAAUGAGAUUUGCGUCGAUGCCGCGGAGGAUGAGUUCUUCCGGCUGACGACCAAAGAAGGGAAAUUGACGGUGGAGAGGGGUGUGGAAUCGCUGGCGAGUGAGCUCGCCGCGAGGAUGAGCGCGAUGAGCAACGCGAAGGAUAUUGCCUCGGAGCUGAAGAAGACACUGUCGAAUGUUUAUAAUCGGCGGCGGCAGGCCAAGAUCACCGGCGAGAUUCUAGAGAUCGUCGCCGGAGCCGAUGCUCUUGUGUAA